CUCUGACAAAAAUAAUAAAUUAAUGAAAGAACAACAACAAUUUAGCCGUCCUCCCAAUCUUUCGAAUAAUAAAUUAAACAAUACUGAAACAAAUACAACAUCGCAAACUACUUUCCCAACAAAUUUAAACAAAUUAAUAAAUGAAACUAAACAUCAACAAAACAAUAAUAAUUACAACAAUAGCAACAAUUUUCCUUUACAACAUUUGUUUAGGCGUAACCAAACAAGUGAAAAACAAGGUCAUUUUUUACUCCAAACACCGCUAAUAUAAAUUCCAACAACAAUAACAAUUCAACCCAACAACAAAUUCGA